AAGGUAGGUUAUAUAUACUUCCUUCCAAUCGGUUUCUUGAUUCUGAAUUAGGUAUUGUUGUCUUCAGUGAAUUUCAUCUCUACAUAUUCAAGAUUUCGCUGGUACAACUCGCAUGAUAUUAUCAAUUUGUGAGGUUUAAGCUUCUUUUGACGUGUGAGUAAUCGAGCUACCUUCAAUUAGUACACCUUCGAGCUAGUAAUCGCGGCAUCAAACCAUGUGGUACGGUUCGAGCUAAGGGAAAACGUGUGGAAGACAUCUCUGUUUCGUUACCUGCUGAUACAAGCAACUGAAUUUUCAAUCGAAUGACCUUCUGAACUAGCAGUGGCAGUGGAGCAAGUGAAAAGGCUGCAGUUGAAUUUUCAGAGAUGAUUCUUUCUGCGCUGUUAACUUCAGUGGCAAUAAACGUAGCCCUUUGCUUAUUUUUCUUUAUCCUUUACUCUAUAUUGAGAAACAAACCAAACCAUGCCUACCUCUAUGUACCGCGCCUGGUUGCGGAAGGGGAAUUGGAGGGGGGAGAUGAAACCAGCCGGAGAGGUUGUCUGUCUUCUUUCAAAUGGGUGAAAAGGGCAUGGAAGCCAUCAGAGGAUGAACUUUUGGCUAAUUCUGGAUUGGAUGCUGUAGUGUUCAUGCGCAUAAUUACCUUUGGGUUGAAAGUGUUUAGAUUUGGGGGCAUUGUCGGAAUCUUCAUUCUUCUCCCAUUCAAUUAUAUGGGGAAUCAAUUAAAUAUUGAUGUCACUGACUUGCCAAACAAAUCACUGGAAACAUUCAGCAUUUCCAAUGUUGACGAUGGGUCAAACAGGUUAUGGAUACAUUUCUCCGCGAUUUAUAUUUUCACGGCUGUUGUCUGCUAUCUUCUUUACUAUGAGUAUGACUAUAUUUCGUGCAAACGGAUUGCUUACUUCUAUUCUUCUAAACCUCAGCCAAGCCACUUUACUGUUUUAGUUCGGAGCAUCCCUGCUUCUCCCAGGAAGAGCUUCAGUGAUAGUGUUGAGCGCUUUUUCAAUGAAUAUUAUCCUUCUACCUAUCUUUCCCAUUCUAUGGUUCGUCGGACUGGCAAACUCAAAAGCUUAAUUAAUGAAGCUGACGGUGUAUAUAAGCGGCUUGCUCAUGUGAAAUCGAAAAAACAUCCUGAACAAAGAUUCAAGCGGGAUGGCUUCUUGGGCAUUUUUGGAAAGAAAGUUGACAUUGUGGAUCAUUAUGAAAAAAAGCUCGAAGAUGUGGAAGGAAAUUUGAUGACAGAGCGAGCUUCUGCUGCUGGAAAGGAAGUUGCAGCUGCAUUUGUAUCUUUCAAGUCUCGUUUUAGUGCUGCAAUAGUUGCACAUCUUCAACAAGGGAUUAAACCUACAGAAUGGGUUGCGGAGCCAGCUCCUGAUCCCCGAGAUGUAUACUGGCCAUUCUUUUCUUCUUCAUUUCUCAAAAGGUGGAUGUGCACUAUUGCUGUUGUUUUUGCCUGUAUUUGUAUCACCAUCUUGUUCCUUGUACCUGUUCUCUUCGUCCAAGGCCUGACUCAUCUGGAUCAGUUGGAGACCUGGUUUCCCUUUUUGAAAGGCUUGUUAACAUUGAAAAUUGUCAGCCAAGUAAUUACAGGAUAUCUUCCAAGUCUCAUUUUGGAGAUGUUUUUGUCAUUAGUACCUCCUGUUAUGGUUGUGCUCUCCUCUAUACAAGGCUAUAUUGCCCUUAGUCAGAUUGAGAAAAGUGCUUGCAUUAAAAUGUUGUGGUUUACCAUUUGGAACAUCUUCUUCGCUAAUGUGCUAUCAGGUUCAGCACUGUACAAGGUUGAUAUUUUACUUCAGCCCAAAAGAAUUCCCGAGCUAUUAGGUGUGGCUGUUCCUGGACAAGCUUCAUUCUUCAUUGCAUAUGUUGUAACAUCUGGAUGGACCAAGACGUUUUCUAAAGAACUUCUCAUGAUAAAACGCCUGUUUUGGAGGUUUCUGAAAGGAAGUUUGUGUUGUAAAUCUGAUGAGGAACUUGAGGUCCCAUCAAAUCCUUAUCACCGGGAAAUUCCUCAAAUUCUUUUCUUCACCCUUCUUGGUAUAACAUAUUUCUUCCUUGCACCUCUAAUCUUGCCAUUUCUCUUGGCUUACUACUGCUUUGCGUACAUCAUCUACCGCAACCAGCUAUUAAAUGUUUAUGAGCCCAAAUUUGAAACUGGCGGGAAAUUUUGGCCAGUUGCACACGAUGCAACAAUAUUUUCCUUAGUAUUGAUGCAUGUGAUUGCGAUUGGGAUAUUUGGUCUAAAGGAUGUUACAUUAGCUUCAAGCCUGACAAUCCCUCUUCCAAUUCUCACUCUAAUAUUUAAUAGUUAUUGCCGGAGACGAUUCUUACCUAAUUUCAGAGGUUAUCCUGCGGAGUGCUUGAUAAACAAGGACAGAAUUGAUCAAAAUGAUCCCACCAUAUCUUCUUUCUAUGACAAACUGUCCACAGCAUAUCGAGAUCCUGAAUUAAAAUCACUAAGAAAUUCUGGAAGCAGUCACAGUGGCAGCUCGUCGCUUAACACUCCUCUUCUAGGUAGUUCCCAUCGCAAAUAGCAAGAAAGGUGCAGAUUCAAUGGUUUCAGUAGUCAGGUAGACAUGUUUCAGUAGUAAUAGCAUCUUUACUAGUCAUCACAUAACUAUCUCAGCAUCUUGAAGAAACUGACAUAUUUACCGCACGGUCAGACCAGAGAGAAAGCAGCAUGAAAAAGCUAUUUUAGCAAGCUGGGAGAAUGUUAUGCUUAUCGGUUGCUUUGAGGACUGGACACUUCUAUUAGUUGGCUGUUAGGACUUACAACUGACUUUGAGUUUUCUUUUGCUUUUAGCUUGAUUAUUUUAUUUUAUUUUUUUUUUUUUUUUUGGUUUUGUGAUUUAUGUGUGUAAAUGUCUGAUUAAGUCUGAAUGUUUGUAUGAAGUGAUGUUUGAGUGUCACAUAGCCCAUACUGCUGGCAAUAGUUGUAUGAAUAAAAAAAAGUUUUUAGUUUUUCUUCAUCA